AUGUCAAAAUUAAAUCCAAUAACAAAACAUAAAGAAUUUUUUGGAUUACCAGGUGCAUUAUCAAUAACUAUAUUCCUACCAAUAAUUUUAUUUUUUUUUGCAUUGAUUACAAAUAAUAAUUAUUCAUUACAAGGAAUCAACUUACAAAUCGACCAAAUAACCAAACAAUUACCAUCAAAUUACUCUCAAUUUUUAAAAUUAUGUUUUAAUAAAAAAGUAUGGGCCGUUUAUAUGAGUUGGUUUUGGGGGUUAGUGGUGUUAGAUAGAAUAUUACCUGGUAAAGAAAUGAAAGGAACUGAAUUAAGAGAUGGAACUUAUUUAAAUUAUAAAAUUAAUGGAAUUACAAUGUCAGCUACAUUAAUUAUUUUAUUAAUUUCAAGAUUAUUUAUGGUUAAAAAUUAUAAUUUACCUGAAUUACAAUUUAUUUAUGAUAAUCAAUUAUCAUUAUGUUUAACUUGUAUAAUAUUUUCUUUUAUAUUAUCAACUUUUGUUUAUAUUUAUUCCUUUAUUCCAUUAACUCAUGAAAAUGGUGUUGGUACAAAAGAAAGAAUUUUAAGUGUUAAUGGUAAUUCUGGUAAUCCCAUAUAUGAUUGGUUUAUUGGUAGAGAAUUAAAUCCAAGAAUUGGAGGAUGGGAUAUUAAAUUAUUUUGUGAAUUAAGACCAGGAAUGUUAUUAUGGUUUUUAAUUAAUUUAAGUUGUGCUUAUCAUCAAUAUCAUACUUUGGGAUAUAUUACAGAUUCUAUGAUUUUAAUUAUUAUUUUACAAGCUUUUUAUACAUUUGAUGGUGUAUUAAAUGAAGAAGGUUGUUUAACAAUGAUUGAUGUUACAACAGAUGGUUUUGGAUUUAUGUUAGCAUUUGGAGAUUUAGCUUGGUUACCAUGGAGUUAUUCUUUACAAACUAGAUAUAUGAGUAUAAAGGGGAAUGAAGUAAACUUAGGUUUAACAAAUUUAAUUUUAAUUUUAAUUUUACACUUCGUUGGGUUCUACAUAUUCAGAUCAUCAAAUCAACAAAAAUCAGAUUUUAAAAAUGGUAAAUUACCACAAAUGAAAUCUAUUCAAACUAAAACAGGAUCAAAAUUAUUAUGUGAUGGUUGGUGGGGAUUAUCUCAACACAUAAAUUAUUUUGGUGAUUGGAUUUUAUGUUGGUCUUGGUGUUUACCAACUGGUUUUCAAACUCCAAUUACAUAUUUUUAUGUAAUUUAUUUUGCUACUUUAUUAAUUCAUAGACAAAUUAGAGAUGAUAUGAAAUGUAGUGCAAAAUAUGGUGAAGCUUGGGAAAAAUAUAAAAAAGAAGUUCCUUAUAAAAUUGUACCAUAUUUAUAUUAG